UCUGCCUCCAUAACUCAGCCAAGUGAAUAAGUAACCUGCUCUAGUAUCGGGAGAGGCGUGGUACCCUGAAAUAUCUACAGCUUAAAAUCGGUAAGGAAUCAUGGCCACAAUGAAGCUGGUAGUUGUCCUUAUGAUGACAACCGUCAUUGCCGUCUGGGCCCGUGACCCCGAGCUCACAACCGACUUCGCCGUCCCAGUAGGAAUGAACGCUUCCAUGAUCACUGGAGAUUUCUUCACAUUCACAGGCCUCAGAGACUUCUCCGCUGCUCCAAACACCUUCGGCUCCAAGAAGGUUACCCAUGUCGAAUUCCCCGCUCUCACUGGACUCGGCGUCGGUGUCACUCUCCUCGAGUACAAGCCCAAAACUCUGAACCCACCCCACACUCACCCCCGUGGAUCAGAGCUCAUCUACGUCUUGUCCGGACACUUGGACGUCGGCCUCAUCGACUCUGCCAACAAGCUGUACUCUGCCCAUCUCCAUGAGGGUGACUUGUUCGUGUUCCCUCAGGGUCUUGUACACUUCCAGAUCAACAUGUCCAAGAAGAAGAGUGUUCGCGCCCUCUCUGCUUUCGGUAGCUCUAACGCCGGCACCAUCUCGUUGCCCAGGAACAUCUUCGGUUCUGGAAUUGAGAACGAGGUUCUCCUCAAGGCUUUCAAGAUCACUUCCGCGGAGUUGAUGAAACUGAAAGCUCCAUUCAUGCCGACCAUGUAGAAUUUGCAGCGGAAAUAACUGAUGUCUCCGGGAGGAUUUAGUGCGUUUUGCAUGCUCAAUACUUUCGUAUACUGUGUCCAUCAGCUUGAUGGGGAUCACUCUAGGACAUGUUUUAUGAAGAUUUUUAGCGUCUCACCAGAAAAGGUUUGCUCCCCGUGAGGGAUCUCAAGUGAAUGUUUUUGGGGAAAACGCUACCAGGUAGUUUAAAUGUUCCAUUUACCUCUCUCAAAUAUACGGACAGUCUGAAGUCCAG